UGCUUAAAGUUUACCAGAACGACUCGGCGCUCGGACAGCGCCGAGGAGGAAUCACCCCCAUGGUACACGGGACUAAAGGGAACCAAAUCCUCUGAGCUGGGGGGAAAAUCCGGGGAAAGAUGCCGUCCAGGAAGAAAACCUCCAUGUUUGCCUCUGCUUUCUGUACCUGUGUGAGCUCCUUCGUGGUGAUCUGCGUGGUGCUGGCCACGCCGCAGUGGGUGAGCAGCCAGGUUCGGUUCUCGCGCACCGGCUCCACCGUCACCGUCAGCCUCACCUACGGCCUCUUCCGUGGCACCUGUGAGCAGUUCGUGGAUGCAGGACUCCAGGUGUCCAAAACCACCUUCCAAGUCUCGGAGGCCCUGAGCAGCAGCAGGAGCAGCAGCCUGAACGUGGCCACCAUCGUGGUGCUGGUGCUGGCCCUGCUGGGCUCCCUGCUCAGCUCUGCCUUCACCUGCACCAACGCUGUCAGCAACCCCUACCAGACCUUCCUGGGGCCCAUCGGGGUCUACACCUGGAACUCCCUGUGCGGCAUCCUCAUCCUCAUAACCAUGAUCCUUUUCCCUGUGAACGUGGAAGGGAACAGCCUGUCUGAAGAGCUGGCCCAGAGCUGUUCCAGCUCCCUGCAGACACACCUUGGAUCCACACACAGCUAUGGAUAUUCCUACUGGAUCAUGCUGCUCAUCCUUUUCCUGAACAUUGCUUCUCUCAUCAUCAUCUAUUUCUACGACCAUGCCAGAUACUCCAAGAAGAAAGAGCAGGAAAGACCCAUAGAAAAUGCACCAAAGGAUGUUAUUCUGUUUUAAGGACACCUUGGAAAAGGGAGGUUUGAAGGAAGAGGACUUUAGCGUGGACAGCAAAUUCCAUUUGCUCUGAACUGUGUGCACACUUCAAUUCCCAGGUUGUUUUGAGGACACAAAAGCCUGUUUUGGUUUCAGCUGCCUGCUGGCCCGAGCAGGAAGAUCAAAGCCAUGGUUUUAGGGGUGUGGGAUUUGGGAUCUCGAGGGACAGAGCACACCAGGAUCCUUGGGAUGAGGAGGAAUGGUCACUGAGGUGCUGCUGCUCCGUCUUCUCCCUGCUCUGCUCAGGGAUCUCCUGCAGCUCUGGAGGCUCCUGGGCGUGGGAGCAAACCCCACAGGACCCAGAGGUGGAGUCCCCAUCCCUGGGGGGAUUUGAAGCCCUGUGGAGGUGGCACUUGGGUUAUUAAUGCACAGAAAGAGCAGGAAAAUCCUGCAGGAAAGGCACUGCCAAGAGCCAAGGGCAAAGCCACACCUCGGGCAGGUGUGCCCAGCCCCUCUCCACACGUCUCUGCCCGCACAAAAUCCCCAGCUGGGUUAUCAGGGAUGAUUUCUGGCCCCUUUGCCCAGGCUGAGGAGUAUUUAACUGCUCACAAAGGCUGCAGGACUGCCCAGGAGUGCAGCUCCCUUCUCCUUGCUCUCAGGGAAUGAGCAGUGGGACCUUGGGACAGAUCCAAAGUGCAAAAUCCUGCUCAGAGCACGUGUUCAGCACUUCUGCCCCUUUGUCCCUCACCUCUGCAGCCAGCAGAGACUUUUUUAUGCCUUUAAAAAGAAAAAAAAAAAGCCUCCUUUUCCUUUCCAGUGUGAUUUUUCAGUCACGUUCUGUUAUCUGUCCUGUGAUACAAGAAGUGCUCGUGGAGAUGAAAAAGCGUUUU